UGACAGGGCUUGGUUUGUUUGCAGAAAGACAAAGAGAGAGAGGAGGGAGCUGAUAAGAAACUGUAGGAUAAAGGUGAGGUUUCAUAUAGACAUACAGACUGACAGAAGAAGAACAGUUUGACUCAGCCCAAAGCAGUACGAAGAAUGAUGAAGUUCCUGGUAUUGGCUGUUGUUCUCAUGCUGGUCGUGACAGGCGGCUCGGCCCUCGACUGCCUGCACUGUGUCCCAGCAAAAGCAGGAGGGGCCUGCGAGAUCACCACCGAAACCUGCCCCUCAGACAAAGACGCAUGUGCUGCUGCCAAGUUCCGAAGAAGUCCAUACGGUCAUUACCAAAAGUGCAUGUCCAUGUCAGGCUGUGAGAUGGUGAAACAGAACGCUUACAUCAACAUCAAGUGCUGUCAGAAGGAUUUCUGCAACACCUUUGACUGAUCUGCCGCUGCCAUAAAUCAGCAUGACUCAUAAAACAGCUUUCAAUAAAAUACAUUACACAUG